AUGGAGACGAUAGUGAAAUUGGCGUCGGAAAACGGGAUAUUGAUACUGAGCAAGAGCAGCUGCUGCCUGAGCUACGCCGUGCAGAUGCUUUUCCAAGAAAUCGGGGCGCGGCCGCUGGUGUACGACGUUGACGAGGACCCGCUGCUGGGGAAGGAGAUCGAGAGGGCCCUCGUGAGGAUGGGCUCCGGCGGACCUCUUCCGGCGGUAUUCGUCGGCGGCGAGUUCGUCGGGUCCACCAACGAGGUGAUGUCGCUCCACCUGAGCGGCGAGCUCGUGCCCCUCCUCAGGCCUUACCACGAACACUGA